UUCACAUUAUCCAUCAAUUAGUGAACACCUGUCUCUGUCCUGUACACAUUAAGGUCAAAAGUCUUGAGAUCCAGUUAUACACACAGUUCUGAGCUAAAGAAACAGAGAGAUGAGCGUGAACACAUUGUUGUGUUUAUGUUAGAUGUGUGUCUUUAUGGGUGACCUCAGAGAGAUUUUAGCUUUAUCAUCCUGGUCUGCUGAUGUUUCAUCACUCUCAUGGGUUGUUUUGAAAGCUGAGAGUGUAAAUAUCAGAUUGAUCGGAGCAGGUGACUCAAGAUUGUAACUGUAUAGCAUCAGACGGUCAGACGUCCGUGGCAUAUGGGACAAUCAGACGUAGACAGCACAGCUCAGUCAUUCGGUGCUAAACAAGUCUAUGGAAUGUCUUGGAAUAAGUAUGUUGUUAGUGAAAAUGGCACACAGACAGAAGCUACGUCCAUCACGACGACCCUCAACCCAGAAGAGAAACAAGUUGUUGGAGCACAGGUGAAUUCCGAGUCAGUGGUCUGUCGAGGGUACGAGGCAGUAACAGUGUGUGUGCCCGCUGAAAUGCCACCGGAUGUGCCGGUGACUGGCGAGUCAUUCUGUCAGUGCCCGGCUCAAACAGAACUCAACUCAGAUGUUCAGAUCAAUGCCAACACCCUCAGCUGCACCUGUGGAGAGGAAGAAGAAGGAUGUGAUUGGGUGUGGGACACUGACAGUAAAUCAUCCGGUGUGUCUUUGAGUUGCUCUAAUCGGACCGUGAGCUUCCAUUCGGAGUACAGCUGUGGAACGGCCGCCGUCCGGGGCUCACGAGCGCUCAGUGAUGGACAACACUUCUGGGAGAUCAAAAUGACAUCACCUGUUUAUGGCACAGAUAUGAUGGUUGGUAUUGGUACGUCAGAAGUGAACCUAGAUCAGUUCAGACACAGUUUCUGCAGUAUGUUGGGUACAGAUGAAGACAGCUGGGGUCUGUCAUACACGGGUCACCUCCACCAUGAGGGGUCAAAGGUGAACUUCUCCUCACGCUUUGGUCAGGGUUCAAUAAUCGGUGUUCACUUGGACACCUGGCACGGCACGCUCAGCUUCUACAAGAACCGGCGACGCAUUGGUGUUGCAGACACAAAUUUACAAAACAAACAUCUUUAUCCGAUGGUUUGUUCAACUGCAGCCAAGAGCAGCAUGAAACUCAUCCGCUCGCACUCAGUGCCCACCACCUUACAGUACCUCUGCUGCACACAGCUGCGCAACAUUCUGCCCGACUGCGCAGACGCUCUGCAUGUGCUGUCGUUGCCGCCAGGUCUGCUGCUGUCUAACCAACUAGGAUGGGUGCUAAACCUCGGCUGUGCAGACAGGAAAGACAAAGCUAUGCAAACAGAAGACCAAUACAUAAGCCCAAAGCAGUCCCGCACCCUCUCCAACAGUGAACGUGAUUUUAUUUUCCACAGUACAGAUGAGCUUCACUGUGAUUCUCCCUUUGGCGUUGAAGCCUCUGUAUAUCCUGAUGAAUCUUAUCAAGACUCUGUCUCUGUAAUGGAUGUUGCCUGUUACCUUAAUCCCUCCUCUUCUUCUGACCACGCCCUCUACUGUGGCUCCACCUUCCUCUCUGACCACACCUCCCCAUCUGACCCUACCUAUCAUCACACACUUGCUGUCUGUCCUAGCUGUGACUCUUCUCUGCCUAUUGUCAGUGUAAAUGACCCCAAGUCAUGCAAUCUUUGCCCCGCCUCCAGUUUACCAGGCCACACCUCCUUUGUGCCUGACUCCACCUCCGAUAGUGACUCAGAUGAAUUCUUCUCAGAUUUAGAGACAUGCCAAAGAAAACGCUGCCGCUGGACAUGAGAAACAAAGUUGUUUUUAUUGCAUGACUCUUUCACAUACUUAAUGCUUAUGAAAGCACAGAGGAUUUAGUUAUUUGCAGAUAUGAAAAUGUAAAAUAACAUUUUUUCUUAUAACAAGUUUGCUUAUAAAUUUGAUAAUUUUCAGUGCCAAUAUUUCUAGUCACGUGACACUGUUUUGCUGAAAGUUUGAGAAUUAGAUGGAAAAAUAUUGAAUUUAAACAGUAAAAGUCGAUCAAUGCCAAACAUUUGUCAUCACUGGAGUAUUUUUCAGUAUUCUCUGAAGCUCUUUGAUUGGGUUUGAAAUAUUUUGUUGUGUGGAUUAUUUAUGAGGAACCUCAAAACCACACAGAUCUGUUCAAAUAUAAUUUCUAUGUUGUAAAAUAAUUUUCUAUGUUAUUGUAAAGAUUUCAGACAUGAAGAUACAGGAUAAAAUGAUGUUAUACCUCAACUUUUAUAUAACAAAUAUCUAUUUGCACAAGACUAAUAAAUAAAUUGCCUUUGCUGAGGUCUGAGUAUGACUUUCUGAAAUCUCAAAUGAUGACAUCAUUGAUCAAUAUCUGAGCCAAUCAAUCAGUCAAUUAUUGUGGCAGUAUAACGUAAUUUUAACCAAAUCACUACUACUCUAAAUACAUAUCUGAUGUUUGAACCCUUUAGUUUGUGUAUUGCAUUGAUUUUAAGGUAUGUAUUUAUUUAUUCUUUUUCCGUCUCUUGUGUUUAUGGUUUAUUAUGAUAUUAUAUUGUUUGUUAUAUACUGACUGUCUAAGAGUAACAAGUAAAUACAUUUUGUACUUUUUUCUUAUCGAUUCCUUAUCUGAAGCAAAAAAUUAAACCAAACAACAUGA